AUGAGGGGUUCCAGAAGCGCUCACAGUCGGCAGCAGAAGCGGGAGGUACAGAGCAGAGGGGGUGCACACAGCGCCUUCCAUUCUAUUAGUACACAACCACUACGUGAAAAGAAGGCAGAAGUGAUAAAAAACUUGAAAUAUUUAGAAGACGAGAACCAACGGUUAACCGAUUUUAUGAAAAAGCUAGGUGUCCUGGUGGAAAAGAUAAAGCACAAGGGUGCCCUCAUUAAACAUGACAUUGCCAGUGAGUGUGAUAAUUUAGUGAAAAUCAUCGAGAAAAAAAAACGCAGCAUGAUGUACCAAGUGGAUAAGCAACAAUCUGCAAAGGUGCGGGAAUUGGAAGUGCAACUGACUGGCUGUCGGAGGGUGUUCAGCAGCAGUCACUCCGUGGUCGUGAGAACCAAUAGAGAUCUACAGCAUCUUUCGUCACAGGCUUUUCUCAAUAAAGGUGAUAUUCUCAUAGCGGAGUAA